AUGAGCAAUUCUUCAACAUUUUUCGUUUUUGUGACCACCGGCAACUGUGCAAUAAUUUUUCUUAUUUUUCUGACGAUUUUGGGUGAUCUGGCUGUUUAUGCGGCGUUCUUUUUGAACCGCUCUUUAAGGACGCGAACGAACGUGUUUUUCCUGAGUCUGGUGACGUCGGACAUUCUUCUAGCUUUGCUCAUAAUGCCACUAGAGAUUGUUCGUUUAUCCAAUUACCCGUACUGGCCUUUUGGGCCAACUGUGUGCAAUGUUUUCAACUCGGGAUUUGUUUCCCUUGGAAGUGCCUCCAUCUGCAACUUAUGUGCAACAGGAAUUGAUCGAUAUUUGGCAAUUUCUCGUCCUUUACGGUACUGCCGAGAAAUUUCAAACACCAUUGUCGCAUCAAUUGCCUUCAUAUGGCUAUUUGCAUUUAUCAGUGGAUUUGUAAGUUACUUUAUAUGGAGUCGGUCUCGCCCAUUAAUUUGCGCAGACCUCUCUGCUCCCUUGACCUAUUCCGUUUUGCUGUUACUUUUCGACCUUCUUGCACCAUUCGUAAUUUGUCUUUUUGUGUACGCCAAGAUAUUUCGAAUAUCUCGUCAACAAGCGAGAAGGAUCAAUUCGACCUGCCGUUGGAUCGGAAGAGAGCAUCACUAUGCAUCUCAGGCAAAGAAAUCAGCGAAAACGCUAAGUAUUCUGGUUGGUCUUUUCGCCCUUGCAUACCUUCCCUUCCUCAUAUUUCAUGCUAUCGAUGGUGCUUUCAACGAGCAACUACCGAAUAGAUUUUAUUUCGGUGGUGUGGUAAAGUGGCUGGUUUUUGCCAACUCUUCAUUUAACUGGGCCGUGUAUGGAUUUCUCAAUAAAGAGUACAGGAAAGCAUUACUCAAGAUUUGUGGUGCCUUAUGGUGUAAACGUCGCCACAGGAUAACAGACCAAGAUGAUAACGUAGCCGCUUACACUAUUUCGUAG